UCUGACAAACGUUGAGCAGCAGUGAGGCUGCCUAAAGCCGUGAGGGUGCAGCAGUGCAACUCUGAGGUCACAGGGCUGCACAAGGUCCUUAUUUGACUGGUGUAGCCAACCGCACUUGCAGCCGCACGUACAAUCGGUCAACCAUACACGCACACAGUCAACAGCGCCUCGCCAAUCUCAAAUACAGACAGCCACGCAGCAAAUCGUAAAGUUGCACAAGGUCAAUCGGACAGCCAUACAGUCAACCAUACUGUUAAUUGUGUAACCACACACACCGGGUAAUUGUGUUUCUUGGUGAAGUUGCUGUUCUGUUAAACAAUUCGCCUCCCACCCAUAUCUUUACCUUCAUUACAUCAUCGACCACAUGGCCUUCUAGGAGUUUUUUUCAGCACCAUUGGGGUUUAAUGCAAGCACUUCGUGUGAUGGGAUGUGUUGGCUGUUGGGUCACGAGGCCUAUUGCAGUGAUUCUACGAGUUCUCGAAUCACUGCCUACUACUGCAUGUGUUAUGAAUGUUUCGUUGUGUUGUGCCUCUGAUGUACUGAACUCUUUACCAGCGGCAGCUGCAGGGUUCGCAACAUCUCCUCGACGACCCUAUUCCUAUCCACGACCCUUCCCAUGAGUCUUUGUGGAAUGGUAUCCUCUUGUCAAUUGUUUCGCAGACGAGGAGUCGUGUGGCAAAUGUAACUAAUUUGUGGGUUAUCUGCAAUUGUUUUAUGCGCUGUGAUUAAAGGAGUUAAAUGGGCAGCAUUGCUUAGAUCGAACUGCACAAGACAACACCUAAAGACAUACAAGGAGACGCAGAAAAAUAUGGCCAUCCAAUGCAGUUGCCACUGAAGCGCAAUUCCUAUUACGCAGAAUAUAUUUGUGGAUAAGUGGAGUUACGCAGUAAAUUCUGUUAACUGCAGUUAUCCGUCUUUUUAUUCCACAGAUAAGAGGAGUAAAAUUGUGGAUAAGAUCCAUUUGUUGUACUGCGAUGCACUCGAACGAGGCUACUUGGGGAGUGAGCCGCCAUGAGGGCCUGUAGUCCCUGUUGUGUUAUGUUCUACGUUGUACAAUAAAUAACUCUAAAAAAUGUGGCCGCUUUGCGUUGCUCCCGUGUUUUCAGUUGAGUCCCCACUUCAGACAGGAAUAUUCCAUUGUUUUGCACACCACUUCGUUUUUCUAUUUUCUUUGUUCCACAGAUUUUAACCAUGUCAUACCAGGUGGUAGUACACGCUGAUUAAACGUCGUUCUUGCGAGGUGCAUUGCUGUGUUUUCAAGCACAACUUCAGCUAUCCAAAUACUCCACCCUGCUCUCAAUUACCAUUUGAUAAUUUCAAUCCUUUAAUAGCUGUCCGAGGUAGAACACCCUGCUGUGUUUUCCAGUCGUCUUACUCCAGGUGAGGGAAUUUGUACGUGACUUUUACUUUGCACAUUUAUCCUUAGCUCGGCAUUGCAGCCUUUUCUGUUCGGUCCUACUUCCCAUAGUUUAUUCCCACUGGUUAUGACUUGGUAAUAAGCAAAUCUGAGAUUAAUAUUUUCUCUUAUAUUGAUGCCUUUGUUUUUCCAAAUUUAGGAAAGCAACUUAAAACGUCGGUGUGAACAACUUUGUCAAUGGCGUCUCCUCGUCUGCCUCCCCCCUUCAGAUGAAUCCGGUGCUUUGUUAAUUCUGCUUGUAUGGGUGACUACCAGGGGCAUGCCAGGUGCUGUAGGCAUAUGGCUGUGAUGACGUGGCCCCAGAGAUGGCAGCACGCAAUGGUCACCCCGGCUGCAGGCGAGGAUCUUCUCCAGGCACGUAGGUUUCCUUUCACAACCCAAAUGCUCAUUCAUGGAAUUGGCCAAAUGUCAAAUCGGCAGGCUUCUGAAAAAUCUUGUUAGGCUCGUGAGGUUUUGUGUACAAUGAUUGGCAUUGUUGUAUUACUGUAAAAUUUUUUAAAAUCUGAUAUUUUCUUUAAACAAUUGAAAUGAAGAAAUAUGCUCUACGUUUCCAUCAUGGGUACGAGAUGUGUGCCGUGCCCAUAUAUCGGUGUUGUUUUUAAGCCCCACAGUUGCUGGAAAAUCCUCAGUUUUCCCAGUGCCGUGUCUCUUUGGAAACGGUUUGGUUUUAUCAUCGGAUGUUAUUCCUGUCGCUACGACCUCACGCACCCUGCCUGGCGUCAGAUCAGUCUCCUCAACAACAGUAUCCUUGAGACAUCCUGCCCUCUCUCCUGGGAAAGUAGAAAGGCUUUCUUCACAUGUUUUGAUGCCUGCCGUGUGCAAGUGUGGACCCACCAUCACUAAUCCUGGUAGAAUUGCGUAAUUUUACCGGCCGCGUUUCUCUGCCUGUGACCAAAAUCACCUUGGAAGUUUGAUUUGUUUUAACACCGUUGCUGAGAAUAGGCCCGAAAGUCCAAAAUGUCAAGCGGCCAACAACAAUUGGCACUCGGUUUCUGUAAGAGAUUGGGGAAAAGAGACGAUGGGAGGGAAUUACAAAAUGAGCAGUGCAGGGAAGAAGCAGACAAGGGACCUGCGGUGUUGGUGAAUGGUGGGUGAGUUGUGACCUGAAGAUGUUGUGGUGGUUGAACACUGAAUGAGACCAAACAGACUGGUAGACCAAGUUCUCUCCAAGGGUGGAUGAACCAGAGUCAAGUCCAUGGGAACAGGAACCAUAGUAGCAAUGGACGAGUGAUCAGGAGGCACCUGACUGCCAAUGAAUGAGCCCUUGGAGUGAAUCGGUGAGUGCUGGAUCAUCACUCACUGCUUUAUUUGUAAUUACACGCGGUGCAGUGAUAAAGGAAUUGGUGCUCCACCCCAGAUAUGACAGCAGCAGGAUUCCAACUGCGGCUGGGAGAUGAUGCUUUGUGUGCUGGCGACGCUUUACAAAGCGAGGAGUUUACUGCCAGAGUGAAGCCAAUCGAGCUGUCCAACUCUCGAGGGUCGCUUGGCCAGCAGACAACGGCAGCAGAGCACUCUUCUUCACAAGUUGCCUUAAAACAAAGAUAACUGGAAGAGUGGAGACCCCGAUGUGAGGACAUGGUGGUUCCCAACCCAGAGCAGCUACAGGAGGCGCGACAUGAGGGUGAAACACUUGGUCUCUUCCAUGCUGCCAAAUGCCUCUCGCGAAGGCUGCUGGCCAAACAGCGGAGUGGCUUUGGUUCUUGACGUGUGGCCAGGCCAUAUGGCGAAUGGUGGUGGAUAACCUUGAGGUAUCCAUGGACACGGCAGCGAGUGGCCUGUUGGUCACUGGCGAGUGGCAUUGAAAGUCCCUCGGAGACCGCACUUCCCUUCCACGUCGCGUCGGCUCUCUUUGUAGGCAGUGCCAGCCUGGGGGGCAUUCAUAGCCCCCCCCCCCCCCCCCCGGUGUAUAAAUACCGGACAAAGUAAAACAUUCGCUUCGUGGCUUCGGAGAGACGCGAUGGCCAAACGGGACGGAAUGCAAUCGCGAAGCGGCCAGCUCUGCCUGUGGCUGCUUCUGUUCGUCGCUCAAGGCCGCGCUCUGCGCACGCUCAUCGAGCCCCGCGCGCCGCUGGUGCGCGUCGGGGAAGCCCUCGAGCUGCACUGCGUCUCCCCGUGGUGCGCCGCCGCGGCGCUGCCCGUGUGGCGCCGGCCCGGGGACCGUCCCUUCGCGCCCGUGGCCGGCCGCAGCCUCCGUGUCGCCGCUCAGGGGCAGGCGGACGCAGGCGACUACGAGUGCGAGGUGACGUGCGGCACGAAGAAGCGGUCGGGCCGGGCCCAGAUCGUCGUCUACGACGUUCCGGAGGAGUUGCUGAUUGAGCAGCGUCCCCCGGUGGCAGCACUGGGACGGUCAGUGCGGCUGACCUGCACGGUGCCCGUGGUGAUCCCGUGGAGCGUCAGCGUCGACUUCGUUUGGUACAGGAGCGACAGCGGCGGCGACUCGGCGAGAGCCGUGGGAAGGACCGACGCCAACGUGACCGUCGACGGGGAGAGUGGCCGCCAGGCGGCAGUCGGCUGGCUGGAGGUGGACGCCCCCGGUGCGGGGCCCGGGGCGGUCUACACCUGCGUCAUCGCCAUUAACAAGCAAGAGGUCCGGGUGCAGGCCAGCCUCCGCAUCCGUGUCGCCGCUGAACCCACGGAAGCCGUCCUCCCGCCUGUUGCAACAACGGCAACAACAACAGAAACAUCCGUGGAGAAGCAGACCGAGGUCCGCGCAGUGCACGCAACACCAGCAGACGACUCGAGUGCAAUCCCCCUCGUGACGGCAGAAGCAAUGUUCGCCUCCUCGGCGGAAAAUCCCACGACGGAGAGCGGCGCCUUCCCCGAGGUGGCCACCGGAGCCCCGGCGAAGAGCCUCUCCCCGGGGGCAGCCACGGAGCCCGGCGCGUCGUCCGGGUGGGGGCCCGCGGAGGGGAGUCGCGGCACAGAGGGGGGCCACACGGAGGGGGGCCACACGGAGGAGAGUCACGGCACAGAGGGGGGCCACGCAGAGGGGGGCCACACGGAGGAGAGUCACGGCACAGAGGGGGGCCACGCAGAGGGGGGCCACGCGGAGGGGGGCCACGCGGAGGGGGGCCACGCGGAGGGGGGCCAUGGCACGGAGGGGGGCCACGUGGAGGGGAGUCACGGCACAGAGGGGAGCCACACGGAGGGGAGCCACGCGGAGGGGGGCCACGUGGAGGGGGGCCACGCAGAGGGGGGCCAUGGCGCGGAGGGGGGCCAUGGCACGGAGGGGGGCCAUGGCGCAGAGGGGGGCCACGUGGAGGGGAGUCACGGCACAGAGGGGGGCCACGCGGAGGGGGGCCACGGCGCGAGGACGGCGGGCGAGCGCCGCGCGCUGAACGUGGUGACGGCGCGGGACAAGGAUGCGGGGGUCUACCACUGCGUGGCGACGGCUCCCGGGGCAGCACCUUCCUCCACACGCUUCUCCAUUACCGUCGCUAGAGGUGUACAAAGGGAGAGCUGCCACGAAGCCCUCGCCACAGUCGGAGGGACCGCCAUGGGAGCAGUGCUGGGGUUGGGUGCCGGGGCAUUCAUGGUGAAGAAGCUUCUGAGCAAGUCCUACACGCUGUGCCACUGAAUGCGCUACCCGUAGGCAUCUCAACGUCAGUAUGUCUCGCACCACUGCUGUCUCCAAUGUGGACAUGAAUUGAGUAGCAACUAGAAAUUUGAUGUGUCGGCUCUGAAUUGUGCCGCUGGCUUCAGAGCACGGAGCGUGAAUUCCGCUCGUCCCCUCGGAGAUCGCCCGCGACGGACAAGAGGUCACAGUGACGCCAGUCGCAUUUGGGCGAUUCUAAAGUUCCCCGUUUGUUGAGAAGGUGCCUACCUGCACCAAGCCCGUGGCCAGUUCGAUACCAAUCACAGGCUAAGAUGACCGAGCCAGUCUCAUUGCGCAAUGCACGUGAAAGACCUGGUAAUGAACAAAACUUCUUCCACUUGGGGCUGCUCGUGGAGUCUCUUUACAAGGAAAUGGAGCAGUGUGGAGGUGAAGCCGUUGUUUCAUUACUACCCCAAGAGUUGUUCAAGCAGCUCUUGGGUGAGUAAGAUUUUAAAGGAAGGGAAAGCUGAUGGAUGUUGCCUAUUUAUCUUGUGUUUUAUGCGGGGAUGGUGCUGUUGCAGUUUUCAUUCAGAGCUGAGGUCAGUCACGAAUAAAUACAUUCCUGCGGAGGGAGCUGGUAGGAACGUUGGGUUGCUCGGUCAAUGGCCAGGGUCAACGGCGGCGUGGUGUAUUCCGCAAACAUGGCCGACUGUGAGGGCGGGCACAAGCCGGCGUGAGUAGGUUAAACGUUGAGUUUUAUAAGGGCACCACGGGGUGACCAGCCCCUCCCCACCCAGCCCCACCCUCCCCACCCAGCCCCUCCCCACCCAGCCCCUCCCCACCCAGCCCCUCCGCACCCUCCCCUCCCCACUCAGCCCCACCUCACCCUCCCCUCCCAGCCCCUCCCUGCAAGACGGAUGGACACAAUAAUCCCGUGGGCUGGUGUAACCAGGAGGUUCCUCGCAGUACGAGGUUCUCUGAAUGCCACGACUAGCGAGGUUCUCACAAUGUUCGUGCAAUUGACCCAAGCAUCUGUGGAUCGCAUAAAGCACGACAGAUCCCGUCUCUGGGGAAACAGAGUUUGUGAACAAGUGGAUGGCAUAAAUGAAGAGUUGCACUGCAUUAAACUCUCAGAGUUAUG